UGUCGUUCUUGCCAGAUGACUUGUGUUGCUCUGUCCGAUCUGCACGUCGGCUGGGACAAACAGCCUGUCUGUGUCCGCCUAUCACGCCUAUGGCAUUACCGUGGUGGUUUGGAGAAUGGACCUGUCAAAGUUGUGCACAUGGUUCUUCUGGAUGCUCAGGGUAACCAUGGUUACGCAACUGUCCCAACGGAUAUUCUUGGCGCUUAUAUUGACAUGCUACAUGAGGGCGUGGUCUAUGAAUUUAGUCAAUUUGCCGUGCAUCCUCGGCCAAUCAUUUUGAACCCCGUCGACGCACCAUUGAUGAUCAAGUUUACACAAUUUACAGUCAUAAAGAACUGUUUCCACCUAAACGACGAGUUCCCAGAGUGGACAUUCCACUUGACUCCAAUUAACGAGCUACCCCCUGCAAAUGAUACUCCUCAGAACUACAUAGAUGUUAUCGGAGUCAUUACGGCAAUCUCUCCUAUGAAAGCUAUUCGGGUGCCUCACACACUUAGCCGAGUAUUCAAGCGACAUGUACUCCUAUCUGAUGAUAAUGGCAAUGAGCUUGGGAUAACCCUUUGGGGUGAAAGAGUUGUUCGAUUUAACGGAGAAAGUGUUCAUUUUAUGGGUCAAACAGAACCAGCUGUAGUCAUCUUUGUUGGCGCCACCGUUUUUGUUAAUGAAGGAUCUAAAGAAUUGUCUGGAGGAUGUGCCUGCAAAUGGUAUGUCAACCAUGAUAUACCAGAUAUAAGUGUAUUUAGGAGCAGGCUCCCGCCCUCGUUCCCAGCAAUUGAGCACCUUCCUGCGCCGUCUAGGAUUGUCCUCCAGGCCCAACAUGAUGAUGUCCUUCCUACGUCGUUAUUAAUCCAUCUCAUGAACAUUAAUUUAUAUCACAAGGAGGCAGGUACAUUUCGAUGCAACGUGACGGUUACAAGGGUUUCGCAUUUGAAAAAAUGGUGGGCCACCUUCUGUACAGGCUGCCACUAUAUGUCCAAGCCAGCUGCGAUGUCACUCAGUCAGCCUGAUGUAUAUACAUGUGGACGUCGUAGUUGUUCAUGUACCAGUGCAACAGUCAGGUAAGAAGAGCUCGCAAUUGCAUUUGUUCGUAGUGUUCCUUUUGCUUCGCUUAUAGUUUGUUUGCUAAUGACCAGGUACACAUUAUUUGUCCUUGCAAAAGACCGAAGCGGAGAAGCCGAGUUUGAGUUGUUUGGAGCAAAAGGGCAGCAGAUUGUCGGUCGAUCUGCUGGCCAGGUCAUUCGCAACAACAUGCGUCAUGACCCUACUAUUCACAAUGUUCAUGUGGCGGCCUCGAUGGUCAGGAAAAUUCCUCCUGAACUUUUAGGCUUGCUUGGCAUGAAAUGCACGUUUCAUGUUCGUGCGUCAUCUGACGGCUUCUUUGGAAGGUGGCCGGCGUUUCAUGUCGAUGCUAUUGAAUCAUUCGAGGCUCUGAAGACCAACCUCUCUGUCAUGGAUCUGCUUACCCCAUCAUGAAGCCACACCGCCGUGCAACUGCUCAUGAAAUCAAUGUAGAUGUUCCAUGCAGUUGAUCUGUACCCUGCUAACUGCCCUCUUGAUCUUUUGGCCUAAACCUUUUUAUUACGAUGAAUGUAGAUACACCAGUAUGUAUGGACCACCUUAUAUUAGCUACGCCUUUGUUAUCUUUUGCCUUAGGCU